UUAUCGGCUAAGUCGAAUUGUAGUUUGGGUAGUCAAUUAGCAAUCGGCAGAGGAUCGGUGUGUUGAUGCGGCACGCAUUAAUGAAAGAUGGAUUCGAGCAAUUUGAAACAGAAACCGAAUCCACGGGUGAAGGCCAACUUUCUGUCGGUGUUGUUCUGGUGGUGGACGCUAGACUUGUUCAAGACAGGCUAUAGGAAGAUCUUGCAACCGGAAGAUUUGUACACUCCUUUGUACACCGAUCGUUCGAACGUGCUUGGGGAUCGAUUAGAAAGACGAUGGAAUAUCGAGCUGGAAAAUGCCAAGAAGCGCAAUACAAACCCCAGCCUGUUGAGAGCCAUCUUCCGUACCUUUUUGUGGGAGUAUACCUUGCUUGCUUUGAUACAGAUAUUAAACGAACUUUUUAUCAAAUUAGGUAUACCGAUACUCCUGGGUGGGCUCUUGCGCUACUUCAGAAAUGACACAACCGAAACGUUUGAAACUGCUCUUCUAUACGCAGCUGGAAUUUGCAUAGCAACGGCUGUAAACGUAGUCUCAGCGAAUCAAUCGUUGUUUGGCGCGUUCCACGUUGGUGGAAGAAUAAGAGUCGCUGCGUGUUCUGUCGUCUAUCGAAAGGCAUUACGACUUAGUAAAACGGCACUUGGUGAAACAGCACCGGGAAAGGUAGUCAAUUUGGUGGCCAAUGAUGUAAAUAGAUUUGAUCUUGUUUCCAUCUUGAUACAUCAUAUGUGGUCUGCGCCACUCUCCGCGUUAAUUGUAGCCUAUUUUCUUUAUAACGAAGUUGGAUACGCUGGACUGAUUGGUAUCGCCGCCGUCUUCUUUGUCGUACCGAUUCAGUCGUACACGGGGAAAUUGUCCUCCAAGUUUCGGCUACAGACUGCCAUAAAAACCGACGAAAGAGUCCGUUUGAUGGACGAAAUAAUAUCAGGAGUCCAGGUUAUUAAGAUGUACGCAUGGGAAAAACCCUUCUGCGCCCUGAUCGAAACUGCCCGUAAAUUGGAAUUGCAAGUAGUUACCAAGAGCUCCUACAUUAGAGGCAUCUACAUGACCUUCAACUUGUUCACCACACGAAUGGCUCUCUUCUGUACUUUGAUCAGUAUACUUUUAUUUGGCAAUGAACUGUCAGCGGACAAAGUGUUCGUUAUCUCCUCGUAUUUCAAUAUUUUGGCGCAGACUAUGUCCGGAUUGUUCGUACGGGGUUUUGCCGAGAUUGCAGAGUGCAUGGUAGCCGUGAGAAGGUUGCAGCAGUUCCUGGUAUACGAGGAGUUCCACGACAGUGGUCAUGUUUCGAACAGUUUCACAGCUAGCAUUAACGAUAGCAUUAAUAGUAUUUCGAAGCAAACUUCCAACAAAAAUUCUAAACCCGAUAUACCAUAUAUCGAUGAUGAAAUAAACCGCUACGAGAAUUUGGACGAUUCUUCUGAACAAAGAAGACACAACGAUCUAAUAGUUGUUGCUAACGAUUUGCUGAAGAAUAAGGCGUACAUUGUGGGGGAAAAAAAAAGUUCUUUGGUAAAUGAUGAAACAUACGCAGUGAAAAUGUGUAACUUGACAGCCAAAUGGGAACCGAGUCAAAUUGAGAAUAACCUUGAGAACGUAAACGUUGAAAUAGAAGAAGGAAAGAUGUACGCCAUUAUAGGAAUGGUCGGGGCUGGGAAAAGUACUUUGCUGUCGGCUAUUCUUGGAGAGAUAAAUGUAACAGGUGGUCAUGUUAGUGUGAAUGGAAGUUUAAGCUACGCCGGUCAAGAGGCGUGGGUUUUCGGGUCCACCGUUCGACAGAAUAUACUUUUUGGACAGCCUUACGAUCGUCACCGAUAUCAGAAAGUUGUGAAAGCUUGUUCGCUUCAGAGCGAUUUUAAGCAAUUCCCGCAGGGUGAUCAGACAAUCGUUGGGGAAAGAGGUAGUUCCUUAUCGGGAGGGCAGAAAGCUAGGAUUAAUUUAGCUAGAUCUUUGUAUAGGCAAGCGGACAUUUAUUUACUGGAUGAUCCGUUGAGUGCUGUUGAUACUCAUGUUAGUAAAUAUUUAUUUGAAGAAUGUAUGCAACGAUACUUAGCAGGAAAAACACGGAUUUUGGCUACUCACCAGUUGCAGUACGUGAAAAAUGUAGAUACCAUUAUACUUGUAGAACAAGGGAAGGUCACCGUAUUUUCUCAUUUUCAAGAUUUAUUGAAUCAGCGACCAAAAUACGCUGAAUUAUUAGCGGCCAAAUCAGAAUCUCCCGAGGAUAGCUCUUUGGAGAAGAGUAGUAUGAAAAGACAAUUUUCAACGUCAAGUACUAAAAGUCGAUCUCUGGAAGCAAGUACCGCGGGAACAGACGAUGAGGAAGAAAAUGAAAAUUCUGAGAAAUUUAAUGAUAAUUUAGAAGGAAAUACGCGUGGUGUAAUUAAAGGACCAAUAUUUCUCAGGUACUUUCAAACCGGAACCAACUUGUGCCUAGCUUUUUUGGUACUCUUAUUAUUUGUAUGUACACAGUUUAUGGCUAGUCUCAACGAUUAUUUUGUUCCUAUUUUAGUAAGCGCGGAAGAAAUGCGGCAUUAUUACAUUACGGAAGCCAAAUUAAAUAGUACCAAUGAUACCUCAACUGAGAAUUUGGAUGUUUCCUCCAUGUAUAACUAUAUAUAUGUUUAUACUGCAAUUGUUGUUGGGCUAUUUUGUAUCGGUAUUACGAGAUCAUUGACUUUUUACAAAGUGUGCAUAUUAUGCAGCCAAAAAUUGCAUGAUAUGACGUUCAGUUCCUUAAUUAGAACGAGUAUGAGGUUCUUCCAUACGAAUCCCAGUGGUCGAAUUCUAAAUAGAUUUUCCAAAGACAUGGGAGCCAUUGACGAAUUAUUGCCAAAGGCUAUACUGGAUGCUGGCCAAAUAUGCCUGAUGAUGGUUGGAUCCUUAACAGUCUCCUGUAUAGUCAAUCCUCUCUUCUUAAUCCCGAUAGCAUUUUUGGGUACUGUCUCUUAUUGGGUGAGAAAGGUAUUUUUGAAGACUAGCAAAAAUGUUAAAAGAAUGGAGGGAAUGACUCGAUCUCCGGUGUUCACUCACUUAACUACAACGUUAAAUGGAUUGACCACCAUAAGAGCCUACUGCGCGCAGGACAUACUGAAAAAAGAGUUUGACAAACUGCAAGAUGUUCAUACCUCCUCAGUUUAUAUGUAUAUAGUAGCAAGCGCUGCCUUUGGAUUCUCGUUGGACAUCUUUUGCUUCGUCUUCACGUCCAUAGUUACCUUUAGUUUUCUCUUAUUGGAGCAAUCGUUCUCCGGCGGAGAGGUGGGUUUGGCCAUCACUCAGGUAAUGGCCAUGACCGGGAUGAUUCAGUGGGGUUUGAGACAAAACGCCGAGAUGGAGAACCAGUUGAUGGCUGUGGAACGUGUAUUAGAAUAUACACAGAUUGUACCUGAACCGAAUUUACGUGACCGAGGGAAGUUCGCCAAGAAAACUGAGAAGCAAGUCGCGCUUCCUGCUAACGCACCAAAGAAUUGGCCGACGGAUGGCAUGAUCAAGUUCAGAAACGUUUAUAUGAAAUACGUAGAAGAUGAUCCUCCGGUGUUGAAAGGUCUGAACAUUGCAAUUAAUCCUGGAGAAAAGAUAGGUAUAGUGGGAAGGACAGGAGCUGGAAAGUCGUCGUUGAUAUCAGCCCUGUUCAGGCUAACCAAAAUCGAUGGUGUCAUAGAAAUCGAUGGCGUGGACACUGGAUCUAUUUGUUUGGAGGAUUUACGACGUCACAUAUCGAUCAUUCCUCAGGAUCCAGUUUUAUUCUCUGGCACGUUGAGACGGAAUUUGGAUCCUUUCAAUGAAUUUACGGACAAGGCUCUGUGGGAAGUUCUCGAGGAGGUGGAGUUGAAGGACGCUGUAACUACUACAGGAACAGGCUUAGAAAACCGCGUUUUAGAUCGGGGUAGUAACUACAGCGUUGGCCAAAGACAACUGGUCUGUUUGGCGAGAGCUAUCUUAAGAAAUAAUAAAAUACUUAUGCUUGACGAAGCCACGGCCAAUGUGGAUCCACAAACUGAUGCCUUGAUCCAGCAAACGAUACGAAAGAAAUUCGCUAACUGCACUGUACUUACUAUUGCUCACAGGUUAAAUACCAUUAUGGACAGCGACAAGGUGUUAGUUAUGGAUAAAGGUCGUAUGACUGAAUUUGAUCAUCCUCACAUACUGUUACAAAACAGCUACAGUCAAUUCAAAUCAUUGGUCAAAGAAACCGAUCGUGCUAUAUAUGACCAGUUAGUGAAGAUAGCGAGGCAAUCUUACAUCGCCAGACACGGAGAACGGUGAUUGCUGGAUAAAAACGGCUUGGUCGUUGGAAAAAUUGAAGAGUUUGCAGCAACAGGGAGCAACCAGUGUGCUAUUUACAUCGGCAAAGGUGGAAAGAUCAUGCAAAUAUUCCUUGUAAUGGCGCAGGAACUCCAGUUUGGAAAGUGAAGAACUGCCUUUAUUGUAGCCAGUAUCCGCUUUAAUUGCCAAGUGACCGAACCUGUGCAAUACAAGAAUCAUAUUUUUAAUUUUAUUCCUACCAAGAAUUAUUAUACAGUGUAGUUAUAUGAUCGAUACAGUAUGUACAGAUUUUGUACAUCUCUUCGUGCCUACACCGUUGCUACUAUCGUUCCAAGUACUUUUUUUUCUUAUAAUUAGACGGGAGAUUUUAAUUCACGAGCACGAAAGAUAUGGUGUCUUGAGGAGAGAUCUUUCGUCUACCAGAUGGCAUGAAAAGGGGUUUCUUUUUUUGAAGUUUAUAUAAAUAUAUUUUUAUAGAAGCCACUUUUCUUCUACGAGCCUCCGCGCGCGAUCAAAAAAACCCAGUCUAUUUGUAAUGUACGAGCAAAACUACUUAUAAUAUUACGAACUGCCAAAUGUCCGUAAGAAUACUUAUUUUUUGUACUUCAUAUUUUACGUGUUCAUAUCGUGGAGAACUGUUAUGUCUGUUGUUAGUGAAAAAAAUAGUAGAGGGAAAGAUGCAGAAUUUUCAAUAGUUUUGGACUUCCAC